AUGAAUUGGAGUGAUGAACAGACAAUUUCUUUUAUUGAAAUGUAUCAUGAUCGAAGUUUGUUGUGGGACCCAACUAAUUCGCAAUACAAAAAUAAAAACAAAAGGCAUGAUGGACUUAUGGAAAUUGCGAUUUCUUUUGGCAUGGAAAAAUUUGAUGUAGAAAAAAAGAUAAAAAAUUUGCAAAGCCAGUUUGCUAGAGAAAAGAAAAAAGAGAAGGAGUCGAGAAAAACUGAGAGUGGUGCAGACGAAGCAUAUACUAGCAAAUGGUUUGGAUAUGACGGUAUGUUGUUCUUGGCCGAUAAGAAUACUCCAAAAACCACUGGCUUUUCACGACUCCAAUUAUAA